AUGAACAAGCAUGGAAGCUUUGAAAUUAGAGCCAAAUAUUGGAGUCAAUCCUCUUUACAUGAAAAAUGUUAGGAGAGAUAUAGAGAAAGAUGGAGAUACCGUAGGCUGGAUUAAUCGGUUGAAGGGGGACAUCAUCAUCAUCAUCCACAUUUGUUAAGGCGAGAUGAGAAGGGGCAUAUGCCCUCCGAGUCAAGUAAGCCUUUCUUCCAUCUCUUUUCUUUCCCGGCCAUGUCUCCCUUAGGUAGCGAUAGGGUUUCGUCCUCAGAGGACAGCUCCUCUGAGGACUCCUCAUCUUUGACCGGGUCUUCUCGCCCCCGUACCGGUCAAGUUCCAAAUUCUUCUAUUCCCAAUCCUCAACCAGUUAAUCAGAUGCCCGGUCAGGUCCUAUCGGGGAGGGAUGAGCCGGUUGACGAGGAACCGGGUCCAUACGACCCUGAAAACGAAACCCGGGAUGCGUGGGAGGAGCGACUUCGCGCUGCCGGUUACUUCCCGCUCCCCACAUUCUAUGCCCUUGAUAUUCCUUCCCAUGUAUCCAAAAUUGCUUUAAACAAAAUCCGUAGGAGGCUCCCGGAUGGGUAUACCCUUUUGUAUGAACACGACUGGCCCAACAUUGUUGAACCUCACUGGGAGGAUAGGAUAGGAUUCCAUACGAUCUCUCUCGACGCGGGCAUUGUUUUUCCCCUUCGCCCCCUUCUAAUCGAAGUAUGCCAUGCGUUUAGGAUUUUACCCGGCCAGAUAACUCCUAACGCCCACCGGUACCUUCAUUCCUUUGUAAACAUCUAUCACCACCUCAAAAUCGAGCCUUCCUUGCGCCUUUUUCUCUUUUGUUUUGAGGUCCUACCGGGUGGAACCGGCUGCGAAGGUUUUGUGUACUUCAAAGGCCAUAACGGUAGGAAGUUUAUUUUUGAUGUCCCCCAAAGUAACCGGGGGUGGAAGGAAAAAUUUGUCUUUAUUGAGUUUCCCCCCUUUUUCACUCCACUUGCCGGUCUGAAAUGGAAUGACCACCUCUUAAACCAAGAAUCUGCUGCACCGGCCUCCUCGCCUGACUUGGAGGCAAACCUCGAGAUUCUCAUGCGAGGCGACCCUUUCACCGGGAGGAUCUUUCAUUACGGCAGCUGGGUCUGGAGGGUCGAUUCGGGUGGUGAGGGUACCUCCCGGGCCCAUGAAGCAGCGGGGCGCGGGGGACCCUCCCCGGGCAACACUGCGGAGGCUGAGGGCAACUCCCACCCAGACAUGGAGUUCGAGGAGUAUGCCAUGCCCGAGUAUAAGCCAGAGGGAGAGACCGGUGGUUCUCAAACCGGUACCGCCAAGACUUUCACCGGUCAUGCAGAGAAUGUGGAGGUCCAUGACCUGGAUGAUGAGGAGCCCCAAAUGGACCGGUCAAAGAGCAAAGAAAAGACCGGUCGCCGUCAGAAGAAGGUGGCCACAACUCACCCCUCUUUUUCCAGGAAGAGGGCGAGGUCAGACUCUGAACCGGCCCCCCAAACCAUUGAAGAGGCCUUCGUCAACCUGGGCCUGAGGCUAAAGGAGAAGGGGGAAAUUGGGCCGCAUACAGUUGAGCAGCUUGGCCGGCCGUGGCCGGUUGUUUUUGUAAAACUCAUGACUUCAAAUUUUCCCGGAUACCUUGCCUCUUGAUAGACUCCAACCGGUGUAACUCCAACUACUGUUUUCAGAUGUCCUUAGGUUGAAAAUCAACUCGAGUAAAAUUG